AUUGACCUGGAGUCAGAGGAGUGUGAGUGGCAGAGUGACUUACAGUAGCUGUUCAGCUCACCCCUCUUCACUCUUCACUCUUCAGUAAGUUGAAAUUGGGGAAACCGAAAAUAGCAACCAGAAAAAGAUCGAAGCUUCUUCCUUCCCACUUUACUUCCGUUCUCCCCACCGCAAGCAAUCGUCGGUGUUCCUAAUUCAUCGUGCUUGAGCUCACUUCUUCAACAAUGGAUCCCCAUCUCCUUCUCUUCCUUCUUCUGUCAACAUCUUCCCUCUCAGGAAUUGAGCCGGCAGCUACUUUCAAGCUCACCAACCUCUGCCGCCAAACAAUCUGGCCGGGACUCCUCUCCGGCGCCAACACCGCCCAGCUCCCCACCACCGGAUUCGCUCUCCGCCCGGGGAAAUCACGAACAAUUCCCAUCCCCGCCGGCUGGUCCGGCCGCAUAUGGGGCCGGACCCUCUGCGCAACCGGCGCCGACGGCAAAUUCACCUGCCUCACCGCCGACUGCGGCUCGGGGAAAGUCGAGUGCGGCGGGAGCGGAGCCAAGCCGCCGGCGACACUAGUCGAGUUCACCCUCAACGGCGCCGACGGGCUCGACUUCUACGACGUCAGCUUGGUCGACGGGUACAACCUCCCGAUGCUGGCUUUCCCGCAGAAAGUCACCCGCGGGGGUUGCGGCGCCACGGGUUGCUUGAUUGACCUAAACGGCGCGUGCCCCAAGGAGCUGAAGGUGGUGGCGCGUGGUAAGGGUAGGGUCGGCGGUGUCGCGUGCAUGAGCGCGUGCGAGGCGUUUGGGGAUCCCAGGUUUUGCUGCGCUGGGGAGUACUCCACGCCGGAGACUUGUUCGCCGUCGGUGUAUUCCCUGUUUUUCAAGUACGCUUGCCCGCGGUCGUAUAGCUACGCUUAUGACGACAAGACCAGUACGUAUACCUGCGCCAAUACGGAUUACACCAUUGUCUUCUGCCCUCGGCCUUACACCAGCCAGGAAGUGCUGGGAAGGAGGAAAGAUGGAGCGUCCCUGCCGCUGGUUAACAAGACGUCGAUGUACUGGCCAAGCAGACAUCCUAAUGGUGCUUUCUCUUCAGUGAGAUAGCAGCGGUAGAGAAGGCGCAGCUUACAAGAGUAGCAAAGUACACAACAUUCAAAGGCUCGUGGGUGUCGUAGCUUCCUCUCCCUGACUAUGACACUGGUUCUGUAAACAGAGAUGAAGGGAUAAUAGAUGGUUGAAGUGCGCAACACACUAAAUUCCACGAACGAAAUUUUGUGCCGAUUUCAUACUGCCUUAACUAACUACACACUAACUUUGCACUUGGGGAUCGGGAAGACGACAGAGGGGAAUAUACAGCAGGUUUUCAGUUCAAAGCUAGACUGUUCAGUUCAUUCUGAUUGCCUAUGUGUUCUCUCAUCAUACUGUAUUCUGCACAAAUUCUGUACUUUUUUCUCUUCUUCCUUGUGGAAGUUGAAGCUUUUAUGAUGUAAAGCGUUUAUCCCUCUAUUAUCUGCCAUGAAUACAGUGUAGCACCCUCC